UGUGCUGCCACCCUGAGCCCAGCCCUGGGCACGGUGGCAGCCAGACAGAAGCACUCGCUCCCUGACCUGACCUAUGACUAUGGAGCACUGGAGCCCCACAUCAACGCAGAGAUCAUGCAGCUCCACCACAGCAAGCACCACGCCACCUACGUUAACAACCUCAACGUCACAGAGGAAAAGUACCAGGAGGCACUGGCCAAGGGUGAGAGGAAAGCCUGCUGCUUAGGCCUUAGUAAUUUACAAAAAAAGUGGUGAUAUUAUGACAGACUGUUAUCUCAGACAGAUGCACAAUAAUGGCAGAGACCUAGAGGACCACCAUGUGUUUCUUGUCACUGUCUUAAUGUCCCAGCCUAGGAGUGCCUUGGAGUCUGUAUUACAUCCCAUUCUUGGCUGGUUAAGGGAUUGUGUAGUUCCUGGAUGAGGUUCCUUUUUGAACAUUUAAUUGAGUCAUAAAUGCAUACCUGUCCAGUAUUUACACUUGUAGUAUGUAGCCAAUCCCUUACCUGCAUGUGUACCUGUGAUGCAUUUCAGGAGAUGUGACAGCACAGGUUUCUCUCCAGCCUGCUCUGAGGUUUAAUGGAGGAGGCCACAUCAACCACACCAUCUUCUGGACAAACCUCUCCCCAAACGGGGGUGGAGAACCACAGGGUGAGUAGCCACGGACACCAGGCAUCUCUCACGUUGUUCGAAAGCCUCAAUCAUUUGGAACUAUCACAGGUUUAUAUAAUUUGUGGGAAAGUAGCAACGAUAGCCUAUAUGUUCCACUUGCAUUUUCAUUUCACUCUUUCCUGAAUUUGCUAAAUUGUUCAUAUGUGCAACCCAUUGGAAACUUGAAUGUAAUUCAUCAGUCUGACCAUUCUUUGUUUGUCCAUCCUGUCACAGGUGAGUUGGCAGCAGCCAUCAAGCGUGACUUUGGCUCCUUCCAGGCAUUGAAAGACAAGAUGUCUGCCGCCACUGUGGCGGUCCAGGGCUCAGGCUGGGGCUGGCUGGGCUUCGACAAGGAAAGCGGGAAGCUCCGUAUCACAGCCUGCCCUAAUCAAGACCCACUGCAGGGAACCACAGGUCAGUGGCUACUGGCUAGGUCCCAGUACUGUAAUUUGUUAUCUUGUCAAUGUCUGCCUGGGGCCCAAACAAGGGUACAGUGCCAGUGAAUGACAUACAGUGCCUUCAGAAAGUAUUCACACCCCUUGACUUUUUCCACAUUUUGUUGUGUUAAGGCCUGAUUUUUUAAAACAAAUUAAUACAAAAUUAAAAGCUGAAAUGUCAUGAGUCAAUAAGUAUUCAGCCCCUUUGUUAUGGCAAGCCUAAAUAAGUUGAGGAGUAAAAAUGUACUUAACAAGUCACAUAAUAAGUAGCUUGGACUCUGUGUGCAGUAAUAGUGUUUACAUGAUUUUGAAAUGACUACCUUAUCUCUGUACCCCACACAUACAAUUAUCUGUAAGGUCCCUCAGUCGAGCAGUGAAUUUUAAACACAGAUUCAACCACAAAGACCAGGGAGGUUUUCCAAUGCCUCGCAAAGAAGGACACCUAUUGGUAGAUGACAUUUUUUUUAAAUAAAAAGCAGACAUUGAAUAUCUCUUUGAGCAUGGUGAAGUUAUUAAUUACACUUUGGAUGGUGUAUCAAUACACCCAGUCAAAUCAAAUCAAAUGUUAUUUGUCACAUGCGCUGAAUACAACAGGUAUUCACCUUACCGUGAAAUGCUUACUUACAAGCCCUUAACCAACAAUGCAUUUCAAUAAAUAUUUACUAAAUGAACUAAAGUAAAAAAAAAUAUAUAUAUAUAUAUAUAUAUAUAUAUCAAAAUUUAACUACAACGAUACAGCUGUCCUUCCUAACUCAGUUGUCGGAGAGGAAGGAAACCGCUCAGGGAUUUCACCAAGAGGCCAAUCAUGACUUUAAAACAGUUACAGAGUUGAAUGGCUGUGAUAGGAGAACUGAGGAUGGAUCAACAACAUUGUAGUUACUUCACAAUACUAACCUAAUUGACAGAGUCAAAAGAAGGAAGCCUGUACAGAAUAAAAAAUAUUCCAAAACAUGCAUCCUGUUUGCAACAAGGCACUAAGGCAACAGUGCAAAGAAUGUGGCAAAGCAAUUCAUUUUUUGUCCUGAAUACAAAGUGUUAUGUUUGGGCCAAAUCCAAUACAACACAUUACUGAGUACCAUACUCCAUAUUUUCAAGCAUAGUGGUGGCUGCAUCAUGUUAUGGGUAUGCUUGUAAUUGUUAAAGACUGGGGACUUUCAGGAUAAAAAAUAAAUGGAAUACAGCUAUUAAGCACAGACAAAAUCCUAGAGGAAAACCUGGUUCAGUCUGCUUUCUACCAGACACUGGGAAAUGAAUUCACCUUUCAGCAGGAAUAUAACCUAAAACACAAGGCCAAAUCUACACUGGAGUUGCUUACCAAAAAUAUGGUGAAAGUUCCUGAGUGGCUGAGUUACAGUUUUGACUUAAAUCUACUUUAAAAUCAAUGGCAAGACCUGAAAAUGUUUGUGUAGCAAUGAUCAAUUUGACAGAGCUUGAAGAUUUUUUAAAAGAAUAAUGGGCAAAUGUUGCACAAUCCAGGUGUGGAAAGCUCUUAGGAGACUUACCCAGAAAGACACAGCUGUAAUCGCUGCCAAAGGUGCUUCUACAAAGUAUUGACUCAGGGGUGUGAAUACUUAUUUAAAUUAGAUAUUUAUAUAUUUUUCAUUUUCAACAUAGGCAUGAUUUCCCUUUGUUAUUAUGGGGUGUGUGUGUGUGUGGAUAGGUGAGAAUAAAAAUCAAUUUAAUCAAUUUUGAAUUCAGUUUGUAACACAACAAAAUGUGGAAAAAGUCAAGGGGUAUGAAUACUUUCUGAAGGCACUGUAUGCCCAGUUAUGUUACUGUUGAAUUAUUUUACUUAAUUAUUUUGUAUUUUUCCCCCAGGUCUGGUCCCCCUGCUUGGUAUUGAUGUGUGGGAGCACGCCUACUAUCUCCAGUACAAGAAUGUCCGACCAGACUACGUCAAAGCCAUCUGGAAUGUCAUCAACUGGGAGAACGUGAGCGAGCGCCUCCAGGCCGCCAAAAAGUAG